UCUCUCUCUCUCUCUCUCUCUCUCUCUCUCUUUCUCUCUCUCAUGCGUGCAGUCUGUCUAACUGGAGACCCAAGGAGAACUCUGAUCACUGCAGCUCCAUCUAAUCCAAACAGCUGGGACGCCUCGGUGGCCUCUGCCCGUGUCUAUUGAUUUAAGUAGCUCUAAGACAGAUACAAGGGACAGAUCGAGGCAGAUAAAAACUUGCCAAUGCUUCACGAUUUGAAUCAGUGUGUGCUUUGCAACUUUGGAGGGCUGCUAGCAAGACUUCUUUAAUGGGACCCCUGGUGUCUUCUGCGCCAAGCCUUGAUCUCCCCAGCAGACUAAGGGCUGCGGCCAUCAUGCCACAAUGGUUAUAAUUUGGAUCUUGCUGCUGAGUUUGUUGCAGGAAUCUUGGUCCCAAGGGCUGGCUGCGGAGGUGCCCGAGGUACCUUAUUGUGCUAAAGGCCAGACGUGUGACCCAAGGCUGCGCAGAGAUGCUGGGGGGCGCGGCGGAGUCUAUGAGCAUCUCGGGGGAGCACCCAGGCGCAGGAAGCUCUACUGUGCCACUAAGUAUCACCUCCAGAUCCACUCCAAUGGGAAAAUCAACGGCAGCCUGGAGAAAAACAGCGUCUUCAGUAUUCUAGAGAUAACUGCAGUUGAUGUUGGAGUCGUUGCCAUCAAAGGGUUGUUCUCUGGCAGCUACCUGGCCAUGAACAAAAGGGGCAGACUUUAUGCUUCAGAAACUUACAAUGCAGAAUGUGAGUUCGUGGAAAGGAUCCAUGAGUUGGGCUAUAACACUUACGCAUCUCGCCUAUACCGGACAGUGCCCAAUGGAGCCAAUACCAAACGCAAAGCCAGUGCUGAGAGACUCUGGUAUGUCUCCAUCAAUGGGAAAGGCCGACCCAGAAGGGGCUUUAAAACCCGCAGGACACAGAAAUCCUCUCUCUUUCUGCCCAGGGUACUGGAUAACAAAGAUCAUGAAAUAGUCCGUCUAUUUCACACAAAUGUUAAAUACAGAGAGAGUCUACUGAAGCCUCUGAGUAAGAAUAAAAGAAGAAGGAGAGGACACCAAUGGAUUCCUUGGGGGGAUUGGGGUGGGGACUGAAAGCAAAGAAGAGUGUUCGAAGUGCAACUAGAAAACAGACAGCUGUGACUGUAUGACAUAUCAGCAGGGACAUUCUUGAUACAAUGUAUAUAUAAUUGGAUGUCACAUCAAACCUAUUUACUUUUAGAUAUUUUAGAAUUAUUGCCUGUGCUAAAAACAAGUAACAUAAAUCGAGGCACAUUCAAAUGUAAAUUAGAUGGAUGUAAUAAUUUUGUCAAUGGCCUUUAAUAUUUUUCUUUUCCUUAUUUAAUUUUUUUCUAACUUACUUUAGAAUGUUCUCCCAAUGGGGUAUUCCCCCAGUGAACCAUUGUCUCCUAUGAACAUUUUACACUUGUUACCUGUUUCUUGAAAGAAAGCAUAGCACUUUUAUAAUCCUUUCAAUGGUUUCCCAGUACAGGACUACAUUCAAGUUAUAAUGGAGUACAAAAAUCUUAGAACUGGUUUAUUUUGUAAGUUACAUGUAUUUAUUUUUACUUUUGUUUUGACAAAGUCAGUAUCAUUCAUUUUCUCUCCCCUGAAAUUAACUUAACUUGAAAUUGUAAGGUUACUUUGAAUUUAAACAUUUCAACAGUGCUACACAUUGUUAUAGUGUUCUAGAAUUCGUUUAAUUAAAACAUGAGGUCAUCUGA